UUUUUUUUUUCUUUCCUACUCACUUUUUAUAUAAUAAUACUCAUAAAAUGAACCACAUGGAAGAACCUCGGGCAUUAUCACAUGCUCUUCAUUACGGGUGGGUCUUUUGGUUCAUGCAUAGAUCUCCAGAAGAAUUUUGGGCUGUUUAUAGUCACCUUCGCCGCCCAAGCGACUUGCCAAAUAUCAGCGAUUAUCAUUUAUUUAAACAAGGUGUUCGACCUGUUUGGGAGGACCAAGUUAAUAUUAAUGGAGGAAAGUGGAUUGUUCGAGUUAAAAAAGGAUUAGCAAGUAGAUAUUGGGAAUCUUUAGUUUUAGCUAUUAUUGGGGAUCAGUUUGAUGUUAAUGACGAGAUUUGUGGAGCAGUCUUGUCCAUUCGAGGUUCGGAAGACAUAAUUUCUGUUUGGAACAAGACUUCUUCCAAUGGCAAAAUUAAUCUUAAAAUAAGGGAUACCAUCAAGAAACACUUGAGUUUACCAUCAGAGACAACCAUGGAAUAUAAGACACACAACGAUGCACUCAGAGAUAAUUCAAGUUUCCGUAACACUGACGUAUUCCGAUGAAUCACCCUUCCCUCCCAAACCCCCCAUACCAUUUAUUAUUUUUUUUCUUUUUUUUUCUUUUUUUGUUGCUAAAAUUUUGUAAAUAUAAAAAAAAAAGGCUUCAUUUUUUUUUUUCUUCUUAAUAUC